GCUCAUUACAUUAUCUGGCAACCGGAGUGGCAGCGGACAGAAGAGAGGGUAUCCCCGGGAUUUUUACACCGAAGCCAGCUAAGUACUACCACCAAACAACUGAAAAUCGCGGGGGAACUCGAUCAAGCUCCUCCUAGACUCCGGUGAGAGCAGCCAUGUCAGAGGAGGCGGUGCGUCAAACACGCAGCCAGAAGCGGGCUCUGGAGAGGGACCAUGCAGCUCUUUCCGGGUCCCUGGAGGACAUGGACAGUAAACGGGUGAAGCUGGAGAAGGGUGAUGCAGCUGGGGCCCCUCUCGCCCUGGUGGGACCUGGAGCUGAGGGGGUCAAGCUGAAGAGCGAGCAGGCUGCUAAGGUAGCAGCCAGCAUCCUAAAGGCAGGCGAAGUGAAGGCUACCAUCAAGGUGGAGGUGCAGACUGGAGACGAGCCGGUCGACAUGAGCACAUCCAAAAGCGACAUUAAGAAAGAGCGGCAGCCACCUUCGCCAGAUGAUGUGAUCGUGUUAUCGGACAAUGAGCCAUCCAGUCCCCUCAUGAACGGCCACUGCUUCACGAAGACUGACACAGACAAACUAAUGAAGAGUUCACCUGAGGAGAGGGAGCGCAUCAUCAAACAGCUGAAGGAGGAACUGAGACUCCAAGAGGCCAAACUGGUGCUGCUGAAGAAACUACGACAGAGCCAGAUCCAGAAGGAGAGCACUGUACAGAAGGCGGCUGGCUCGGUGGCUACUCCUCCUCCUCUGGUGAGAGGUAGCAUGACAUCAAGCAAAGGACCCCUUCAGGUGACAAGUCGUAGCUCAGGCACGGUGAUCCCCCCUCCCUUGGUGCGGGGUGGGCAACACGUCCCGUCCAAACACAACUCUCAGAUUGUCAUGCCACCCCUGGUCAGAGGAGCCCAGCCUAUUGCGGUGACUCCCCAGCAGAUAGCCAGUCUACGUCAGCAACAGCAGCAGCACAGCGGUUCAGGCCCCCCUCCACUCCUGCUGGCUCCCAGGGCUUCUGUGCCCAAUGUCCAGGUCCAGGGCCAGAGGAUCAUUCAGCAGGGACUCAUUCGGGUGGCUAAUGUGGCCAACAGCAAUGUCAUGGUCAACAUCCCUCAGGCCUCUCCAACCAGCCUAAAGGGCUCUUCAGUGUCGCCCAACUCUGGCAUCAAUGACUCCCCAGCCAGCCGGCAGGCGGCUGCAAAACUUGCACUGCGUAAGCAGUUGGAGAAGACGCUGCUGGAGAUUCCUCCACCCAAACCUCCUGCCCCAGAGUUCAACUUCUUGCCCUCUGCAGCAAAUAAUGAGUUCAUCUACCUGUUGGGGUUGGAAGAGGUGGUGCAAAAACUUCUGGAGAUGCACGGCAGGGGUAAUCUGGGCCCAGCUGCUGCAAUGGCCAGCUCCAUUCCCAAAGAGCCAUACACCUGUGCCCAGUGCAAGACGGACUUUACCUCCCGCUGGAGAAAGGAGAAGGCUGGGACCAUCCUCUGUGACCAAUGCAUGUCGUCCAAUCAGAAGAAGGCCCUGAAGGCUGAGCACACCAAUCGGCUGAAGGCAGCCUUUGUUAAGGCACUCCAACAGGAGCAGGAGAUCGAGCAGCGUAUCCUCCAGCAGGCAGCCUCUUCUUCCUCCUCCCCUGUCUCUAAAACCACCUCGUCCUCUCCCUCACUGUCCAAAAGUGAGGUGCUGGUGUCCCAGCAGUAUAAGCAGGUCAGGGCUGCCAUGCAGCACAGAUCUGUGGCUGCCCACCACUCCAUUAAGCAGAGUCAGCUGUCGCACAGCCUCCAGUCUGCAGUGAGCUCUCGUGGUAUGGCCCACUCCUUCACCACCUCCUCCCAGCUGCAGAAUGCAGUGCUGGGAGCAGCAGCACUGGGCAGCAGGGCAGGUAAGCAUGCUGCAGCUCGCACCCUGCAGCAGGGAGCAAAGGUCAGCGCCGGUGGCAGCAGCGGUAACCCGGGCAACAUGGCCGCUUGGAGGAAGCAGAGUGGCAACGCAGGUGUGACUAUGGCCUAUGUGAACCCCAGCUUGUCCGCUCAUAAGACCAGCUCUGCUGUGGAGCGUCAGCGAGAAUAUCUGCUGGACAUGAUUCCCUCCCGUUCUAUCUCCCAAGCAGCAAACACAUGGAAAUAAUGCAAUCCUACUCCCUACUGACACCAUAACUAUUAGCCCUCUUAAUAUCAAUAACAGCCAUUCUCAUUAUUGUUCUAAUCCUUUCUGUGGACUCUGGCCAAAAUGGCACAGGAGAGAAUCAGCCUCUUUUCUUGUGGGAUAGUGGUGUUCUUGCACCUCUUUCCCAUCUUCUUCUGCUACCUUCUUCCUUAUCCGAAUCCUUCCCGAGUUGGAGUUGUGCUUUGACAGCUUCAGGGGAUACAAGGAACAUGUCAAAUAGAAAAUUGGGUACCGUCUUUUUUUUUUUUUUUUUGAGGGUUGUUGUUGACAUGGACGUGUACAAUUUUACAAACUUCUCCAGAGACGCCUCUUCCCUCCCUGUAUAUUGGUUGAACCUCCCAGUUGCACCAAGAGGAUGUUCAGUGGAAAAACCCCUGAGCUCUCCUGCCUCUGGAUUAGGCAGGGAAAAGUAAUAAUCACUAUUAUACACAAUAAAAUAUUCGCCUUACGUCCUGCCCCUCUCCAGUCUGAGCCAGUCAGACUCAGGCCCGCGUGGUGGCCGAACCGAACUUAACUGAAGACCUCAUCACAGGGAUUGUUGUUGAGCUUCGAGGACCAUCCACGGAAUAAUAACUGCUUCAGCUUUGCAAAAAUGAAUAAAAUAAGUAAAAAAGAAAAACUGUUUAAAAAAAAAAACAACAAAAAAAGGAUCUCUAUCUGCACACAGACUGCCUCUUCUCUCUAACCUACAGCGUGUAUAGCAGAGAAGUCGAUGUGUGUUGGAUUAUUUUGUAUGGCUGAAUGUUAGGAUUUUGUCUUUUCUUCUGUAAGUCAUAUACUGUGUUUGGAAUAUUGUGCUCCCUGAUACUUUGGAAGUGGCCUCUUGUCGAGGUCUGAAUUUACAGGCUAAUGUUACUGUUGAGGUGGUUUUACAUCUGCUGGGUUCCAUGUUGUGGCCUACUUUUAAAUACUUUGUUUUUUCUAAGAUGAAGAGGAAGAAUAAAGAUUAAGGUUUCACUGACUCAUGUAAAAACACGGAGCAUAUGUUUGGAGGACUAUUCUUAUUGAAUAUUGUAAAAUAAACCUUCCAAAGAACUAGUGGAGCCCAAAUGGAAUCCCUUCUGCUAGAAGGUUUCUAGUUUAUUUGAACCCUCUCUGGAUAUAAACAUGAAUUCAUGCUAAACUGAGGGGGUGUAAGGAAUGUCAUAUUUUUGACAUUGUUUUUGCUUUUAGUCAUAGGUUGUGGUGCAUUAUUUUUCUUCUAUAGACAAACUGUCUGAAUUUAUUUAUAGGGUCAUGUUAGUAAAGACAUAUGCUUAUGCCCUAAGUUUGAAUGGAUCUUAAAAAAAAUAUUGUUUUCUCUUGUGUGUCAAGUGGCUCCCAUGCACCCUAACGAUUGGUCUGAGAGAAGCUGGACAGCUUUCAGAAUGUAGUUAUGCAAAAACCCCUAUAGCAAACAAAUGACAUGAACUUCUUAGUCUUUAACAUUAAGGUGUGUAAUGAUUUCUGUCAGGUCAUUGAAUUGAGCUAACUCUGCCUUUCACAUGAGCUAUAUUGCAUUUUUAUCAGGUUGCAGCAGCACAGGAUAAGCUAGUGAAGUACAAUAUGUCCCACGUCGAACUGGGGAACUCCCCCAUCGCUCAUGGAUUUGAGUUAUUUAACUACCAUGUGCUGUUUUCUUUCAUUUCACUCACUGGGGUGGUCUGGGUGGCAUCGACUCUACUGCUCUGUAAUGGCUUUAGAAUUUUGAGCCCUACUGGGGAAAGGUUUUGAGAUAUUGAUGUGUUGGAUUUAAUCAGUAAAAGCAGUUUUGUUUGGAAGAUAUUUAAAAGAAAUCCAGCUGACAAGCGGCUGACCACCCCAGCAGUUUUGUUUUGUUCCCCCCAAUAUCCUGUAUUUUUUUUCCCUCAAUUUUUUGUCCUUGUCACAUUGAAAUGAUAUAAUUCAUUAUUUCAUCACUUAUUAUGAACCCUGAUGUCCCUCCGCCCCGUCGCCUCACUCCUGAUUCCAUCAAUUCAUCCGUGAUGUGAUCUAACAUUGUAAGACUUUGUGUCCUGUAUCCAGAGUGCACUCUUUAGCUCACUGAUUUUAUUUUAUUUUCCCCCCAUCAACCUCCAUGCUAAAACAUGGUGCACUGCAUUAAGUAAAUGGGCAUCAGUUGAAGUUUAUCCCUUUGUGCUGGGGGGGUAUCAUCACUGUACACCUGGGUUUCAUUUAGGAUGGUGCAACAAACACUCUUAUGUUGGAAAUACAAGCAAAACAAAUUUUAAUUUAAAUUGCUCGACAUCUCUGUAUUUCUGUCUCAAAGUAGCAUCGGUAAUAUUCCAGGUUGUCUGUACAUUCCUGACAGGCAGAAGGUAGCAGCCCGCGUCUUGUGGAUGCAAAAAAAAAAAAAAAAA